GUAAAAGCUGUGAUAAGAUUAUGAACUGUAUAAAGGAGUUUCACAAAGGACCUAGUUCUCGUACCAACAGCUUGGCACCAUGGCGAGAGUAACAUUUGCACUUCUGUUAAUGAUGUCAUCAAUGGCAAGUUCUUUAUCGACAGAAAACAUAUUGGUGAAGACGAACAAGGUCAUGCAAGAAAUUGAUGAUAUGUUUGUCGGGUUCACGUUGGACACGUACUUACUUCGGGUUGGAUGGGGGCAAUUCAACUUCAGUUCCCCGAAAGCCUUGAACCUGAUGAAGGCCAUGGCUCCCUGUUAUAUUCGAGUGGGGGGAUCACUAGCAGAGAGCCUAGUGUUUGACCCUAAUGCCGGUCCAGUAACGCACGUGCCUCCCCUUGGACAACCAUUUAAACUCACUCCUACGCGGUGGAAAGAGCUCAACGACUUUAUACAGCAUGCUGGACUGAAGUUGAUAUUUGCCUUCAAUGCCCUUCUACGGAACAAUGACCUGUGGGAUCCUACGAAUGCCGAGCUGCUGAUGAACUACUCGUCUCAGAAGCAUUACGACAUCGCCGGCUGGGAGCUUGGAAAUGAGCCGGACCUGUAUGUACGGAAUGGACGGAUAAAUGUCACGGGGGCAAUGAUGGGCGCUGAUUUCACGGAACUCCGACAGAUUCUGGACAAAUCCCCUUAUAAAGCCAGCCUCCUUAUUGGUCCAGAUAUGACCCCCCUUGACGGAUACCGGGAUCCAAUGAUGCGAGAGUUCCUCAGCCAUGGUGGAGCUUCAGCUGUUGAUGUCCUCACAAUUCAUCACUAUUAUUUCAACGGCCAUACUGCCCAUGAGGGGGACUUCCUGUCCCUGUGGUGGCUCAAUAAGCUGGCUUCCAGAAUGAUCCACGCUGUAGAUCUCAUCAACGACUAUCACCCAGUCAGGCCUCUGUGGCUGGGGGAGACAUCCACCGCAUGGUCAGGAGGAGCCCUGCACCUCUCGGAUGCUUAUGCAGCUGGGUUUUUAUGGUUGGACAAGCUUGGCGUCUGUGCCAGAUAUGGCAUCAAAGGCGUCUUGAGACAGUCUCUUUAUGGCGGCAACUAUGGAGUACUGGAGUCCAGUAUGGACCCAAACCCUGAUUACUGGUUGACCCUGCUCUACAAGCGUCUGGUUGGAAAUAAAGUGUUCGAUGUCACAUCUCCUUCCAAGUUUGUCCGGGUGUACGCUCACUGCACUAAGAUGAAAAACAUGUACCACUACAAUCCCGGAAGCGUCACUGUAUAUGCGAUGAACGUUAACAACGACUCGGCUGUCCUGAGAUUCCCUCACAUGCUGGGUCAAGGUCAUCUGGAUGUCUUCUGGCUCACACCCCAACGUGGCAGCCUUAGGGCAAAAGUCGUGGAAUUGAAUGGUAAAGCCAUAACAUAUACCAAUAAUGUCAUCCCACCUCUACAACCAAAGACAGUCACAUCCGGGUCAGUGACAAUCCCCUCCUCGUUCUUUCGGCUUCAUCGUGGUACCAAACGCAGACCUCGCCGCCUGCAAGUCACAGAGCCAGGGACCAGUCAUUGGCUGAAACAGGAGUUUGAUCUUGUAACUGUUAAAGGUUGUGCAAUAUAA